AUGAAGGUCGCCUGGCAACGACUCAUUCGUUUCGUGGCUACCGAUGGCCGCGUCCUCCACGGCGAGCCUAUUCUACCGUCCCCUGGUUUCGACCUCGGAGCUACUACAGAGGAUACAAAAUUACAAGCAAAAAUAAUCAAGGGCAAUGACCUCUACGAUGUUACGGGGGCGACUACUGUGACGGACGAAAUUGUCACCGUAAAAAAAUUGCUUGGACCACUCACCCGAUCAAAUGUGCCCAUUGUACGCUGCAUUGGGCUAAACUAUGCAACUCACAUUGCGGAAACGGGACGAAAACCUCCCCCGUUCCCCUUCAUGUUUUGUAAAAGCUCGUAUACCGUCCAUGACCACGAUGCCAAUAUUGUUGUCCCCAAGGUCGCCCAAGAUAACCAGGCCGACUAUGAAGGAGAGCUAUGCGUCAUCAUUGGAAAGGAUGCAAAGGACGUAAGCGAGGAGGAUGCGCUCGACUACGUUGCGGCCUACACUGUCGGCAACGACAUCUCGUCUCGCAAGCUUCAGCGGGAUCCCACUUUAGCAGGUCCCGUUCCACAAUGGGGAUUUUCAAAAGGGUUCGACACAUUUGCACCAAUGGGUCCCGUACUAGUCGGUAGCAGUCUUAUUCCCGACCCAGCAUCACUCCAGCUACGGACGGUGGUGGAUGGCGAGCUGAGACAAUCAUCCAGAGUCGAUGAUCUUUUAUUCAACAUCCCGUAUCUCGUCUCAUACUUGUCUACUGGAACUACUUUGGAAAAGGGGAGCGUUAUUAUGACAGGUACCCCCGGAGGUGUCGGGGGUGGUUUGAAGCCUCCCAAAUUCCUUGUGCCUGGAACGGUUAUGGAGGUUAACAUUAGCGACAUUGGCACACUACGGAAUGGGGUAGAUUUUGCUUGA